AGUAACUGGUGUGUUGUCUGGAUGUUUCAUGUCGGUGACGGUGGAGAUUGAGUGUUUCAUUUCGUAGUCCGAGCUGACAGUGUGACAUGACUUGAUUCGGUGCCGGUGAGGCGGUAGUGUGCAGGUCGCCACAGUCCGGGUUUUGAGCGGUAAUGGCGCUGAACUGGGCCGAGAGGAUCUCUGCUUUCUUCCGCAGUCCGUCCCGCUUCCUCUCCGGGACCACAGCCGAGGCUUUCCUCGCGGAGCUGCUGCGCGAGCUCCGAGAUGACAGAGCCACGUACAGUGUCAAGGUCCUCCUGUUGUCCCCUCUGUGUGAGUACCCGACCCUGCUGUGUCCCUCAGACUCGGUGGGUGAGGAGACAGCCCUGGAGCUCAUGUCAGUGUUGGACCAGUGUCCUCCUAAGUCUGUUCAGUUCCGCUGUCACCUCCUCCUAGCCCUCACCUCUGUGCUGGUCUGCACCUCCUGCGUGAGCAGCCGUUCCCGUGCGUCUCAGGACUUCCUGGAGCUGCUCCUUCAGAUAGCCCAGGACACCAGUGACCUUCACGGUGAUGGUGCUCUUCGCUCUGUGCGGGCCACAGUUUGUAGCUGCCUGCAGGAGCUGGAGGCUAGCUCUCCUGGCCUCCUCUCACAGCGCCUCGAGCUCUUAGGUGGGCUCCGGCAGCGAGAGACAUCCCGGCUGCACCAGGCCUACGCAGGACUCCACAGUCUGGUGUUAAGAAAUGCUGUGUAUCAGCUGACCCAGGAUGCAGGAGCUGGAGCAGAGGAUCUGAAGGCUCUACUGGGAGGAAACACAACAUUUGCAUGGGAGGCAGAGCUGGACUCCGGCCCGAUGGAUAACACAGACUCAGCCGUACUGUGCUCUGUCAUCCUGGGCCCCAUGAGCACCGUGCCCACCCUGCAGACCGGGCCUGACUGUAAGGAACUGCGAUCAGUCCUGUCCUCCCUCCUGGAGGAGUCCUACCUCCUCACUCCUGUGUGUCAGGCUGCUCUGCUCCACAGACUGACAGAAGUGGUUGCCAUGGUUCCCGGUGUCCCUCCAGCCAUAUUCAGAGCUCAGCUGCUGCGACUGCUGGGCACCAGCGAGGUGUGCCUCCUCCACAGCACUUUGCUGAUGAAGUGUGCGUUCACAGACAGUCUGUUCAGCGCAGAGGAUGAAGCCUUCAUCCUCCAGCGGCUGGUGAUGCUCUCCCAGCACCCACUGCUCAGUACACCUGAGAAGCUUUUCUACAUGGACUGCAUCCUGCACUUUCCUGAGAACCGGCCAAUCAGCUGUGGCGACGGAGACGAGACCCUCCCUGUGUUGCUGACCCCGCGGCUGGCCUCGGCUCUGGUGCCCACCGUGUUCAACGACAGCGCCACCAUGCUGGCUCGCCUCAACCUGCUGGCUCUGGUCUACCUGGAGGAGGGCGAGGAGGGGGAAGAGGGGGGCAGAGGGCUGGCCUACCUCUCCGCACACCUCAGCUCGCUGCUGCACAUUGUGGAAAACGGAGGCAGCCGAGAGAUUGUCGUCACCUUCUUCAGAGUCGCCUUCCUCUUCCUGUUGUACUUCUGCCACGUGGAGUGCUACUUUCACAGCCUGACGGAGCAGCUGAGUCAGCUCUACCUCCGCCACACCCACCUGGCUCCACACCUCAUCAACUUGGCAGACCAGACCCAGGACAGGCUCCCUGAGUCCGGCUGGGCUGUGGGGUUCCUGAAGGCCCUGCAGGGGGUCAUCACAGAGGCCCCGCUCACCCAGCUCACCCUACAGGACCUGAGCCGGCACCUCAAGGUGCUGGCUCGGGUGGCGGAGGAGAGAGAAAUCCCACAGCGCAGCACACUCUCCUUCUUGUCCAGCGUCAUCACUCCGUCUUCUUCCUCUCUGUGCGUAAGCGGUGACUGGCGUCUGGGGAACAGCCUGCUGGGGGUCUGCCGGGUCCACCCCAGCCUGGACUCGCUGCUUGUCCCUCUGGCUGACAUCCUGCAGCAUCUCAGCUGCCGCUAUGGAGACACAGACAUCCAAGACCACGCCCGCCUCUACUACACCCUCCUGACCACACUAUCCAGGGAGAAGCUGGCCGGGGUUUUGGCGCAGGGCUCAACAGAGGGAGGACGGCAGGUCAAGAAGCACUCGCUGUCCAACAUCAUGGCAGAGAGCGAGGGGCUGACGGGCCUGCUGAACAUUCACCACACAGAGAAGACAAUCAUCAGGCUGACGGAGGCGCAUUCUGAGCUGCAACAACACACACUAACUGAUGAAGAAAGUGACCUUAACCAGAACGGGACGGACGCCUGCCAAGGAGAGGUGGACGCAGCUCUGGAACAAUACAGAGCUCAGUUUGAUGUCCCUAACUUCACCUCAGAAAUCACCUUAAACUACCAGCUGACUCACACUGACGCCGCUGAUUCCCGCUUUGAUCAGCUCUUCAGCAUCCGCCUCCACUUCAGCCUCACAGACGACCAUUAUGAAGAACUGAGGGACAUCAGUGUCCCGUGUCUGUUCAGAGAGAGGCCAUCACCCAAGGUCCAGCUGAGACUGAAGCCCAGACAGCCCUACCCCACCACCCUCCACGCCAGCGCCAUUUUCACCACCCAGGACGGCCUGUCCUGGCUCACCGUCCUGCCACACAUCCAUGUGGCGUUCCAGCAGGCCUUCAUGCCUCUGCCCGCCCCCUCAACAUGGGGACGAGGCGCCAAGCUGAACCUGUUCCAGGCUUUAUGGGACAGAAUUAGCUCUGAAAGCGGGGAGGACUGUGCGACCAGCCUGUUCUGCUGCCAGAUGGAGGAGGUAGCUCUGACUGCCCUGCUGCGGACACACUUCCUCCCUCACCUCCUGUCAGAGCCGUCUGAUGAAGAAGAGUUCAAAGUGCUGUUAUUCCUCCCACCACAGUCUCACAUCCUGCUGAGGAUCAGGGCGGAGGAAGAUGCCGUGCACUUCAACAUCGCCACAGAUAACUGGCAGCUUCUGCCUCACAUCAGUUCUUAUCUUCUGACAGUCACAUCCUCACAGAAAAAACACUGACUGAUGCAUCUAUCUGGAUAGUUUUUAACUUUUAAAAAGGCUGAUUUUUAACUAAAUCAUCCAACUUUUGUCAGCCCUUUAAAACUCUAAUUGUACUUCUAAAUAAAUUACUGAAGACAUUUGAUAUA